AUGGUGGCACUCAGCGCGUCUCCAUGGUCUGUAACAACAACGAUGUCAAGGUUCCCGGCAGAAUCAGCGUGGAAAUAGACCCGAUCCCGGCGCGCGGAAGGCGGCGAUCGACAGUGAUCAGCGUCACGAAACCCACUGAAGUGCGGCAGAGCACGACUAUCAGCGUGCGCCGACUUAUGGUCGCCGACGUGGUUAGGAGAGGAACAGCGUCAAACGUGAACGCCGACCGGGACUUUUCUGGCAAUCUACGUUCACCGACGCCUGAGCACCGUCCUUCCAUCGCAUCCAGACGAAGUAGUACGUUUGCCAGCAGCGUCGGCGAAGCGCCGCCAAGCGAGGUGUCUUCCAUCGCUCCGACGGUUUCGCCAAGGAACGCAGCAAUGGAGAGAAGGGGAACCAUGAUGAGUGUCGCUGGAUCCAUGUUUGCCGCCAAACGGCUGUCGUUGAACCGGGGGGAUGCGUUCUCGCGAAGAGGAACGGUGAUAAGCGUGACCUGUCCGUCUGGACUCGGAAACCUGCAGGAGACGACUGUCGAGGUGACCGCAGUCGAAGCACGGUCCUCCGCCCUGAGCAGCCUCAGGGAAGUGCUGUGCGCGCCGCGGAUGUAUUUCCACACCUUGAGCUUCUUCACGUACGUCUUCUUCAUGGACUCGUACCUCGCAGUCAUGUUCGAUCUCGGCGAGGACAUUGGCGUCCCGGUCAGCGAGUCAGUCCUCGCCCUGACGGUCCUCUCAGCUAUGGAUACCGUCGGCCGGUUUUUCGUACCAUUCCUGAGCGACUACGGACUCGCAUCGACAGCGUCGUUGAUUACUGCGUGCUACCUCUCGCUUACCGUCAUUUCGGCCCUGAUACCAUUGGUCGCGGGAAAGCUUGUCUUUUUGGCCGUGUCUGCGAUUCUGGGACUACCCGGAGGCUACAUCCUUGUUGGCACAUCCGAACGCAUCUCUACAGAGCUGGGGACUGAUAACCUCCCAAUGGCCUACGGAGUGCUGGUACUCGUCACUGCCGUGGGAAGCUUUGUUCGGCCACCUGUAGUAGGUGCCUUCCGCGACACGAUCGGCUCGUACGACGGACUCUUUCAACUGAUGGCAGGAAUGCUUGCCCUCGCGCUGCUCUUCAACAUCGGGCUCUGGAUCAACGGCCGGCCAUCUUCGAAAAAAAGCAGAACGACGGCACCUGCGCAGGACAGGGGUGCGCACGUCUCCACCGGCGAACCCCUGCCCACUCUGGCGGAAGUGGUCGAUAGCACGACGCUGUAGGGGCGCGCGGACAUGCAACUCUGAGCACGAGACAAUGUCGCGUAGGACGAAGUGGCAGUGGGACAUCAAGAAUCGCUGCGUUGCGCCCUCGUGCACGUUGCUUAGAGCCUCAUAUGAUGGGAACCAUAUCUCGUAUGACCACGCAGAUGUUGCC